CUCCAGGCAGCGCCAUGGCCGGAAAGGCGGCUGGAAAACCGCCUGAGGAAAUCUUGUUGGACUGGAAACGGGAGCAAGCCUCGUUAAAGGCCCGUGUUGUGGACCUGGACACGGAGGCUUGGCAACGGGACCCCGCCUUCUCAGGCCUGCAGAGGGUCGGGGGCGUGGACGUGUCUUUUGUGAAAGACGACAGUGGCAGCGCCUGCGCCUCCCUGGUGGUGCUCAGCUACCCAGAGCUUGAGGUGCUGUAUGAGGACUGCCGAAUGGUGACCCUGACAGCCCCCUAUGUUUCGGGCUUCCUGGCCUUCCGAGAGUUGCCUUUCCUGGUGGACGCAGUGCAGCAGCUUCGGCAGAGGGAGCCCUGCCUCAUGCCCCAGGUCCUUUUUGUGGAUGGAAAUGGGGUGCUGCACCACCGAGGUUUUGGGGUGGCCUGCCACCUUGGUGUCCUCACAGACCUGCCUUGCAUCGGGGUGGCCAAGAAACUCCUGCAGGUGGACGGGCUCGAGAACAAUGCUCUGCACAAGGAGAAGAUACAGCUCCUAAAGGCUGGAGGAGACUCAUUUCCUCUGAUGGGAGGCUCCGGGACCGUCCUGGGCAGGGCCCUGAGGAGCCAUGACCACAGCACCAAGCCCCUCUAUGUCUCUGUGGGCCACAAGAUAAGCCUGGAGGCAGCUGUGCGCCUGACCCACAGCUGCUGCAAGUUUCGGAUCCCGGAGCCCGUGCGCCAGGCUGACAUCCGCUCCCGAGACUACAUCCGCAGGACCCAGGAAGUCCAAGGGGUCCCUGCCCCGCAGUCGGGGAGGAGCAAGGAGGCACAAAGGUCAAAGGCGUGCCCCCAAGGAGUCUCAGAAGAGCCUGCAGGCCUGCUGGGCAAGCAACUUCUGGUAUGUUCCACAGGCACCUCCAAGGGGACUCCUGCAGGCGGGAAGGCCUGUCCCAGAUUCUGAUCUCCAGUCCUCCCCAGAUGUCCACACUGGGACAUCUUUCUUCUCACCUCCACUUCCACUGCCCACCCAGUCCUGGGACUGAAAAAAUACCUGCUCAUCACAGCCAGGGGUGCACAGGGAGCCCCACCUCACCCCACCCUUCCUAGCAGGCCCUGGGCCAUCUGCCCACUCACCCCAGGCUCUGGGAUAUUGUGGCUUUGGAACUUGCACCUCUGUACCUGCAGCUUCUGACUCCCUUGUGCUGGCAGUGCCCCUCCUGCCUCGGGUCUGUGUCCUGCGACGAUCUAGGCACUUGUUUGAUCCAGUUCGGGGACUGAGUGUGAGGAUCCAUGUGGAGUCCAUGCCGGCGGGGCACAGUCAUUUCCCAGUGAAUGAAGAAUGGAGGGUGUACAGCACCAGCCGGGCUCCACACUGAGGCAUUAGUGAUCAGAGGCAGGGACAGCCUGGGAUCAACCAGGGAUCAAACCCACAGCCCCUGCAUUGGAAUGCAGAGUCUUAACCACUGAACUGCCAGGGACGUCGCCUUUCAUUUUCUUGAUUGCGUCCUUUGAGUGAAGGUUUUAAAAUCUGAUGAAGUUCAGUUUACCUAUUUUUCAUUUGUUGCUUGUGCUUUGGUGUCAUAGCAAUGAAACCAUUGCCUAAUCUGAUGUCACAAAAAUUUCCUCCAAGAGUUUUGUAGUUUCAGCACUUUCAUUUGGAUCUUUGACCCAUUUUGAGGUAACUUUUGCAUACGGAUAUUUUGGUCUUUUGUAAUUCCAUAUGAAUUUUAGAACCAGCUUAUCCAUUUCUGCCCGCCCCCCCCCCCAAAAAGGCAGUUAGAAUUAUGAUAGUGAUCGCGCUGAUCAGUUUGGAGAGCACUGCUGUCUUAACAGUAUUACCUCUUCCAGUCACUGAACUCAGGAUCUUUUCACUUAUUUAUAUCUUCUUUAAUUACUUUUAACAAUGUUUUGUGAUUUUCCUUGAACAUAU